GUUCUAGGUAGUUUGUCAAAUCGUGUUAUUUUAGUUUAUCUGAUUGUUGUUGGUGCUCUUUGAAUAAAGUUGGCUAAUCUAAGAUGAAAUCAAAGAAACGGCAUCAAAGUUCUUCGGAAGAAUCCGAGAUAUCGGAUGACAGUGUAAAAUCAAGCAGUUCUUCCGAUAGUGAAACUGAUGAUUCCUCUGUUUCGGAACACCGGCACAAGAAAAAAAGGAAACGUGCUGAUUCGUCAGACUCUGAUAGCGAUACUGAAGGCCAAAAACGUUCGAAGAAACGUAAACAUAAGAAAAAGAAGAAGAAGCAUGCAAAAAAGAAGCGACGAGCUAAUUCACAAGAUGUUAGUGCAUCAGCAGAGGAGUUAUGGUCGAUAAGUGAAGGUGAAAUUUCUCCAAAAAAGAAACGCAAGCAUAAGCAUAAACAUAGCAAACGUGCUCGUAAUUCUUCUGAAAGUGAAUUAGAAGAAGCUCGUGUGGAGCGUCGUCUUCAUAGUGUGGUGAAAGAACGGAGAGCUUCUUCAGCAGACAGUCAACCGUCACACACUUACUAUCAGAAGGAAUAUCGUCAUUCAGUUUCUGAUGGAGACUACGAGAGGGAAAGAGAGGUGCAGCGAUUUUAUCGUGGUUCUAGUAAGGAACGCAAACAUCACCAAUAUCAGGAGUAUUACGAAAGAGACCGCAAUGACAGAUAUGGAUCAUAUCAGCAUGAUAAAAAUAGAGACAAAUAUGGCCAUAGCUCAUAUUACAAUGAUAUAAAUCAAGAUUUUUCUAGAAGACAACAGGAAUUCGAUGAAUAUAAAAGGCAACAGAGAUACGAAGAUCAGAGACCACAAGGUGAAUAUCGAAGGAAGCCAAAAGAAGAUAACUACCAUCCACAAAGAGAAGACACAAGAGGAUAUCACCGAUACAAUCAGUAUGAAGAUAGAGGACCUAAGCGUCGAGACUAUGAAGAAGGCAGAGACUAUAGAGAAAGACGCCAAGAACCCGACCAGUACCGUGACCGAGAUUAUCAAGACAAGAGAGACAAGUAUCGUGAGGAGACAUUCGCUGCAGAUAGGCAGAGGGAUGCAGCGCGUCGCGAACGCCCUGGCAGAUCUGAUAAGCCAUCUUCAACGCAAGAUAGAGCUGUAUCCCGGUCCAGGAGUCCAGAUGGGCGGUACCGUGGUCGUCCACCGGUACAAGCGGACAGGGGACCGGACAGGGGACCGACUAGAGGAUCGAACAGGGGACCGGACAGGAUGACAGAUAGAGGCAAUGAUAGGGGUGGCGAUCGCGCUCGCCCUCCACCUAGACAGAACGACAAACCGCGAGAAAGGAAGACCAGAUUCGGUGAUGCGGACGACAAAGAAUAUACUUGGGGCAAAACGGAAGUGAAAAAGGAGGGUGACAAAAAUCCCGCUGAUAAAGAGAAACCAAACUUUGGAUUGUCCGGGAAACUGACUGCGGACCAAAAUACUGUUAAUGGUGUAGUUAUCAAGUACACGGAACCCGAUGAUGCUAAACAACCUAAAAGGCGAUGGAGGUUCUACCCGUUCAAGGGUGAUAAGGCGUUGCCGAUAUUAUAUAUUCAUCGUCAGUCGGCAUUCCUGAUCGGGCGAGAUAAGAAAGUGGUGGAUAUUGCGUUGGAACACCCUUCGAUCAGUAAACAGCACGCGGCCCUGCAAUACAGAGCGACGCCGUUCACCCGAUCUGAUGGCUCGCAAGGCAGACGUGUCAGACCGUAUAUCAUAGAUUUGGAUUCAGCGAACGGCACUUUCGUGAAUAACAAGAAGGUAGAGGGUCGUCGUUACGUGGAACUGUUGGAACGGGACGUUGUUAAAUUCGGAUUCUCGCAGCGCGAAUAUGUGCUCUUACACGAGAACAGUAAGGAUGACGCUCAAGACGACGAUAAUGAAGCUCCGCCGGUCACCACCACGGAUCAGAUCAAACAGGAGAAGAGAGUCAAACAAGAGCUCGCUGAAGACGGCGACUAGAUUACCUCAUGUAUAAUAUAUGUAAUGAAUACUCUUAAUUCUUUAAGAGUGUGCCUAAAGCUGGAAAUUUGUCUUUAUUUUCUGUUAGUGAGACAGAAUUAUUUUUUAAUUGCUGUAAUAUUAUUUUAUGUUAGUUACUAUU